AGAGACAACUCUGGACCCAGAAGGUGGGGCACAGCUGCCCGUUGUUCUGCAGUGCUGGGCACUUUCUGAUGCCUUCUUGUGGCAUCCCUCAGAGGAGUGGGUGGACAAGGUGGCCUUGGGUUCUGGGCACUUUGCCCAGCCCCCUGACAAUCACCUCAGCUGGCAUCUUGCCUGUCCAAGCCCCGAGCUGCUGUGCCCCAGCAAGUCAAGCGGCCAUGAUUAGUCAAAUAAAAUUUCCAUCUGUUGAAGAAUUUACGAGAGUUAUUACUGGCUAUAAAACCGAUCUGAGGAGAAAGAUGGAUCCGAGGGGGUGGGAAGGUCUCGGGGGUCCAUGCGCUCACCUGAGGUCACCUGGAUCCCAGAUGCUCCUGCCUUCUUGGAGGAAUGUGGCUUUAAAAGGCCAACCCCUAACCUUCACCUUACUCAAGAUACUGAGAACAAGACCACCUGGGAGCAAAUGUUGCCUCCUGGUAGCUGGGGAGAGCCGUGAGAUGGUUGGUGCUGGAAAUUCUGCCUGGAGUCCGGCAUAACUGAGUUCCCGGGACCCAGGGUGGGGACGAAUAAUCCCAUCCCAGAGAGUCCGAGCCUUCAGAUAUAGGGCUCCGGGGCCUGAGACUCUGAGGUCGUGCAGCAAAUUCAUGGCAGGUCCACUGACUGCUAGGCCAGGGGUCUUGUCGCUGGUCCACGCAGAAAGGAAGGAUGGCUACUUUCUGUUCCUCCCCUGACCACCGCCCCAUCAAGCACAGACCAGGCCCCACCCCCUGGGCCAUUUAAAACCAGAGGCCCAGGUGCUGUGGCCACGCUUUCAGACCGAGAGUCAUCUGUUAAAAGGCUCACACCUGGGCCGGGAGCCAUCAGAAUUCAGUCUUCCUGAGGCUCUGGUUCACCUCCAGGCAGGUCCCACCCACCUCUGCCUCCGCCAUGGCUGCAAGAACCGUUAUCAUUGACCACGGGUCUGGCUUUUUGAAGGCUGGCACGGCCGGCUGGAAUGAGCCUCAGAUGGUCUUCCCGAACAUCGUGAACUACCUACCGUGCAAGGAGAACCCUGGCCCCAGCUAUGCCCGUAGGCGUGUGAGCCUGGGCAUCGACAUUUGCCAUCCUGACACCUUUAGCUACCCCAUCGAGCGGGGCCGCAUCCUCAACUGGGAGGGUGUGCAGUACCUCUGGUCAUUUGUGUUGGAGAACCACAGACGGGAGCAAGAGGUCCCCCCUGUGAUCAUCACGGAGACACCCUUGAGGGAGCCUGCGGACCGAAAGAAGAUGCUGGAGAUCCUGUUUGAGUUGCUGCAUGUCCCAUCGGUGCUCCUGGCCGACCAGCUGCAGAUGUCCCUGUAUGCCUCUGGCCUCCUGACCGGAGUGGUGGUUGAUUCUGGCUAUGGCCUGACCCGCGUGCAGCCUUUCCACCAGGGCCGCCCCUUGCCCGCCAGCGGCAAGACGCUGGAGUUCGCCGGCCAGGAUCUCUCCGCCUAUCUCCUCAAGAGUCUCUUUAAGGAAGAUUGCGAUAGACGCUGCCUGUUUCAGCUGGAGACAGUCGCCGUGACUCAGAUGAACAAGUGCUACGUGCCGCAGAAUCUGGGGGAGGCCCUGGACUUUCGUGAGAGGCAGCAGAGUGCCUUGGAUGAGAGCAACACCUAUCAGCUCCCAGACGGCUCCCGCGUGGAGCUGACCCCCAUGCAGCGGGUGGCUCCUGAGAUGUUCUUUAGCCCGCAGGUGUUCGAGCAGCCGGGGCCCAGCAUCCCACGGGCCAUUGUGGAAUCCGUGGAGUCCUGCGAGAUCUCCCUGCGCCCCCUGCUGGUCUCCCACGUGAUGGCCUGCGGGGGCAACACCCUCUAUCCCGGGUUCACAAAGCGCCUGUUUAGGGAGCUGGUGGGGGAUCACGUCUCCUCCACCAAGGCCACGGUCUGGGAGGGUUCCAAUAGAAACUUUAGUGUCUGGCUAGGAGCGUCCGUGGUGGCUCACCUUUCUACCUACCAGUCUGAGUGGAUGUCCCGAGAGGAGUAUGGUGAGCAUAUGAGGAUGUGACCCUACUGGCUCACUCCUGAGAAUGGGCUCCUGUUAGAUGGGCACGGGCGGAUUAAUUUUAGCAAAAUGUUCUGGGUGGGGGUAGAAUGAGGUGGGCUGGGGUUGAGCUGGCUUUGGAAUUCUGGGGGCAUGAGGGUAUUUUUUAGGUUCUAAGGUUUUAUCUUGUUGGAAGAGUGGGACCUACCCAAGGGGGAAGACAAGAUGUCAUCCUUGGAAACCCUGCAGGGGACAGUUUUUCCAGGGUGGCCUAUCAUUGGGGUAUGAGUGGCUGACUGCCAUCUCCAUGCCUGAGAGCCACUGAUUUUUCAUUGGCAUUUCCCCUGGUUUGUCUCAUUCUUCUUGGUUGAGUAGGUUUUAACUGGGGUAACACUCCUGCUAGGAGUCCCAAUUAUUUUUGACUAGGGGAUGGGGGACAGUUGACAUUUCUGGUCCUACAGGCCCUUUCUGGCCAGGGAGGCAUUGCUGCAGGUGAGCCUGGGAUGCCCUUGCCACCCGUGGUUGGAUCUUGUUUUAUAUCUGCAAAUAAAUAGCUUGUUUGGAAGCAA